CAGCCACAAGAAUGCAGCAUGCAGGCAAGGCGGCGCAAGCUCAGACAGAAGACAGGAAAAGGAGGAGAGCGAGAGAGAGGAGCCAUGGUUAAGCAGCUGAAACUUACCUCUGGUGAAGACGUAGAUUAGAGGGAAAGUAGGACACAGCUCAGAGGCACUAUGAAAGGACUGAAUGUAUGCAGAUCCCAGUAAAAAGGCAAAAAGCCCAACCUGAAAACCUGAAGUAGCUUCAUCGUGCUAUGAUUUAUUGGAGAUUUUCCAAGAUCUACAUCAGACGGCCGAUUGGAAGUAGUUUGGAGAGAUGAUCAUUUCACAGAGCAAUCCUUGAUGAAAAGUGUGUGUCAAAAUAUCAAAGUAAAGCCAACCAUUAACAAAGCGCUGGUUUUCAAAACUAUGGAUGUCAAAAACAAGGAGUCCUAUCAAUUUCCUUGCUGAGCUACAGCUGCCCUACAUAUGAUUUUGCCACCUAAUAGGAGUUACUUUUGUAGCAACAAAGCAACAAUACAUGCAAGUUGAAUAAAAAAACAGAACCACCAAGAGACACAGGGGUGUCUGCUGUACGUUCAGAUCGACAACAGUCUUCUCAGAAUGUCCUUAUUUUAAAGUUCUUGGCUUUGAGCUGAUGAUAUUGACUCCACAUUCUGCUUAGAGGAACUGCAGUACAUGCAGAGAGAAACUGUACAGAGAGCAAAACCCAGACAUUAACACAAAGUCAUGAGUGAGACUAUUCUUCAGUUUUUCACAGGCUUUUGGAACAUCACCUCCAUCAAACAUGACCAAGGCGUCUACAACACUGUGUGCCUCGCCAUUCUUCUCUCCCUGCCGGCGCUGGUCCUUCUCACCUCGCUGGUGAUCUGCUGUCAUUGCUGUUGCUGUCAAAAGGACAAAGCUGGCAGAUGCUGCCGCUCCAGGAACCACACAGGCAGCUCCAAAGCUGAUGCAAAGAAGAAGAAGAAGACCGCCAAGGAUGAAGACCUUUGGAUCUCAGUGAAGACUGAACCAAUAGCUUCUGAAAGAAUGGCACUCACAGUAGUUUAAUGGGCGCAUGCGUGCACACACACACACACACACACACACACAAUUCACACAUUUAAAAUCCAUGUAAACAGAGUGGAAGUGAAUGGGCAUAAUCUUAGAACUGAGAACUUUUAUUAUAAAUAAAAAUGAGUCCCUGUAAGCCUUUUUAACAAUCUGACUCUCAUUUUUGUGUGUAUGGAAGUGGGUGCCUAAAAUGGUACCAUCCUUGAUUGACUGACUCACAUGGAUUCCUGAGAGAAUGAUUAUCUACUAGUAUGUUAAAAGGGAAGAUUCUGCACUCGAUUCACAUUAAAAGGAAUGUUUAUGUUUGUAGCACUAAAGUUGAAAUUAAGCAAUGCAAAAUAUCUCUUUGCUAUACUCAGUUUUUACUUGCUCGUCAAUAUAAAUGCAAAAAGUAAAAUAUACUCUGUGUUUGCUUCUUUCUGUUAUAUUUAAUUUUUGUUUGACACAAUGUUAUAAAACGGAAAUUCUGGAUUUUUCAUUUACUGGUUUUUCCCAGCUUGGCAUUAAUCUUAAAUGCAGCCUGAAAUAGUUUCCUGCAUUGUGAACUGUUCAUUGUACAGCUGAUAGACAGGCGACAUGUUUUCCACAAACUAAGGAACCUGAACCCAUUUACAUCAGCACUUGUCUGUAGUGCAAUUUGACUUUUUGUUCCAUUAUUCAAUGUGCUUUCACAAAUACAACAUGCUAAACAUGCCACUGGACAUCCAUCCAUCCUCUACUGCUUUUCCAGGUUGGGUUGUGGGGGCAGCAGUCUAAACAGGGAAACCCAGACUUCCCUCUCCCCGGCAACUUUGUCGAGCUCCUCUGGGGGAAUCCUGAGGCGUUCCCAAGCCAGCUGAGAGACGUAGUCUCUCCAGCGUGUCCUGGGUCUUCCCUGGAGCCUCCUCCCAGUGGGACAUGCCAGGAUCACCUCACCAGGGAGGCGUCCAGGAGGCAUCCUGACCAGAUGCCCGAGCCACCUCAUCUGGCACCUCUCAACGCGGAAAAGCAGCGGCUCUACUCUGAGUCCCUCCCGAAUGACCGAGCUCCUCACCCUAUCUCUAAGGGAGAGCCCAGCCACCCUGCGGAGGAGC